AUGCGACCGACGAUGCCACAAAAAAGAUUGAGCCACGAUGACUAUAGGGCGGGAUGGAUCUGUCCGUUGGAGGUGGAGCAGAUUGCUGCGAUGGAGAUGCUGGACGAGGAGCACCAACCCCUACCGCAGCUGAGAAGCGACACGAAUAUUUAUAACCUCGGCAGUAUCAACAAUCAUAAUGUCGUUAUUGCCGGCCUCCCUAAGCCGGGGAACUGCUCCGCAGCCACCGUUCUUGCCCAGAUGAAGAUGGCAUUCCCAAGCCUAAAGUACUGCCUCUUGGUUGGGAUUGGUGGCGGCGUGCCGGUAACGACAGAUAACCGGAUGAUCCGUCUUGGACACGUUGUUGUUAGCGAACCGACUGGUAUUCAUUCUGGAGCAGUGCAAUACGAUCAUGGAAAGGCCAGAGCAGGAGAGUUUCAACGUAAAGGCUCCCUCGCACCCCCGCCUACAGCCCUCCUGAACGCUGCUCGAGAGGUAGCUGUACGGCGGCAGCGGAUGGAUCAUGACCCCAUUUGGAAGAACACGCAGCGCAUUAAAACGAGCCGUCCAAUGCUUCGUCGCUUCAAGUUCCCUGGCGCUAUGAAUGACCAUCUUUACCGACCUGAUUAUGAACAUCAGCAGGUUGGGGUACCAUGCGCAGAGGGCGGGUGUGACCCUAUGGAGCGUGUCGAGCGACCGAGAGACGAUAAUAAUGAACGUAUAGUUGUUGUGCACAGGGGAACAAUAGCGUCUGGAGAGCUGGUGAUCAAGGAUGCCAAGAAGAGGGACAACUUGGCACGGGAGCACGGGGUGCUAUGCUUUGAGAUGGAGGCAGCAGGGGCGCUUGCGGAUUUUCCAUGCAUUGUAAUCCGAGGCAUCUCGGACUACUGCGACUCCCAUAAGGACGACGCUUGGCACGGGUAUGCGGCGGCGGCAGCAGCUGCUUAUGCAAGGCAGUUAUUUUUUCACUUGCCUAUCGAGCCCUGGCAAGGUCCAUAUGAGAGCGCUGCAGCUCGUUUAUCGGGGACACAAACGAACGAUUUCUCCGUUACCUUCAGCCUGUCCGAAGUUCCCCAGAUCCAACAUUUCAUCGCACGGGAGAGGGAAAUUGCAGAGGUGCGCAGAGCACUAAGCUCAGACGGGACACGUCGCGUUAUUGUCCUCCACGGCCUCGGCGGCAUUGGCAAGACACAGCUUGCCGUAGCAUACACAAAACGAUAUCGAGAUAAAUAUUCGGCCAUAUUUUGGUUCAACAUUAAAGAUGAAUCGUCUAUUCUACAGAGCUUCACCAAAGUUGCGAGACAGAUUUUGGAACAACACCCUAAUGCUAGCCGCCUCAGCGCAUUAGACCUACAGCAAAAUCAUAACGAGGCAGUUGAAGCUGUCAAGGCAUGGUUCAACUUGCCAGGCAACACUCAGUGGCUUAUUGUAUACGACAACUACGACAACCCGAAAUUGACUAACCAUACAAGUAACACGGGAGUCGACAUUAAUCGCUUUAUUCCUACGGCGCAUCAAGGCUCAAUUAUUAUUACGACCCGGUUGUCACAAGUCGAUAUAGGACAUCCAAUUCAAAUAAGGAAGCUUGAAUCAACGGACGACAGUCUCAAGAUCCUAUCAUCGACCUCAGGCCGUGCUGGCCUGCAGGAUGACGUGGAUGCUAAGAGGCUCGUAGAAAAGCUGGACGGGCUUCCUCUUGCCCUUGCCACGGCUGGGGCGUACCUUAGGCGUGUUUCAUCGAGCUUGGCUGACUACCUUCGCAUUUACGAGAAAUCAUGGGCGAGACUUCACAUGAGCACCCCAAGGUUAGGCUCUUACGAAGAUCGCACAUUAUGCUCUACGUGGCAAGUCUCAUACCAACAAGUCCAGGAACAAAACCCCCUUGCAGCUCAUUUACUCAGAUGGUGGGCCUACUUUAACAACGAAGACAUAUGGUUCGAACUUCUCCAACCCGAUGAAGAAGACAGUCCAGCGUGGAUAUAUGAUCUAGCUGAUGAGUUGAACUUUAAUGACGCGAUGGGCACUCUGCAUGACUACGGAUUUGUCGAGCCACACACCUUUAUUGUAGACCCUUUCGAAUCAAGGGGGUACAGCAUGCACGGCUGCUUGCAUUCUUGGACCAUUCAUAUAUUGAAUCAAGAGUGGGAUGACUAUUUGGGUAAGCUCGCAGUAAAAUGCAUAGCCUCACGCGUUCCGUCACGGAACGACCCUCAGUUCUGGCUGCUUCAAAGGCGACUCCUCUCACAUGCAAUGACGUCUUGCGCCGCAAUUCAAGCUAGCAAUGAAGACUUGAACUGGGCUUUUUACAACCUGGGGAACCUUUACGCGGACCAAGGCAAAUUGCAAGAGGCCAAGGAAAUGUACUUACGGGCGCUUGAUGGGAUGGAGAAGGCAUGUGGACCAGAUCACACAUCAAAACUAGAUACGGUCAACAACCUAGGAAUCCUUUACGCAACCCAAGGCAAAUUUCGAGAGGCUGAGGAGAUGCUCUUACGAGCGCUUCAAGGGAAGGAGAAGGCGUGGGGGCUAGAUCGCAUAUCAACACUAGACACAGUCAACAACUUAGGUCUCCUUUACGUGGACCAAGGCAAACCUCAAGAGGCCGAGGAAAUGUACUUGCGGGCGCUUCAAGGGUACGAGAAGGCAUGGGGACCAGAUCACACAUCAACACUAGACACAGUUAACAACCUAGGAAUCCUUUACAUGGACCAAGGCAAAUUGCAAGAGGCCGAGGAGAUGUACUUACGGGCUCUUCAGGGGAAGGAGAAGGAAUGGGGCCUAGAUCACACAUCAACACUAGACACAGUCAACAACUUAGGUCUCCUUUACGUGGACCAAGGCAAACCUCAAGAGGCCGAGGAGAUGUACUUACGGGCUCUUCAAGGGUACAAGAAGGCAUGGGGACCAGAUCAUAUAUCAACACUAGACACGGUCAACAACCUAGGGAACCUUUACGCGACCCAAGGCAAGCUUCAAGAGGCUGAGGAGAUGUACUUACGGGCGCUUCAAGGGAAGGAGAAGGCAUGGGGCCUAGAUCACACAUCAACACUAGACACGGUCAACAACCUAGGGAACCUUUACGCCGACCAAGACAAGCUGCAAGAGGCUGAGGAGAUGUUCUUACGGGCGCUUCAAGGGUACGAGAAAGUCAUAGAACCCCAAAACAUCACCAGAUACCGGCCAGCAAUCAACAUUACGUGGGGUCUAGGGUCCUUGUUAUGGACUCAGGGCCAGCUAGUUGAGGCUAAGGCAUACUAUCAGCGCGCUUACAAUAACCUUAAAGGACUGUUGGGAUCAUCGCAUAAAGAUGUCCAAUUGCUACAGAGUACUCUGCUAGACCUGAAUCGUACAAUCGAGGCUGGGUCCGUUGAUGAAGAUAUGCCAACGCCAACACCAACACAAUCCAGGAAGAAUAGCCGCCGGGAGGCCCUUUGA